CUCCCAGUUUGGUGUCGUCUGCAAACUUGAUGAUCGUGCCUUCUGACCCUUGUCAGAUCACCUCAAAGGCAGGGGUUUGGGGUGCCCUCGAUAACACCUGCAUUCCAGAAAGGCCGGCCUGAAGACCACCGCGGCCUCCUCCGUGCCCCACAGGCCUCAGGGCGGCCCCGGACACGAGAGAAGCGGUGCCCGAACCUUCCCGCCCCCGAAGAGCCACCUCCGCCUCACGCUAGGCCGGAGCGAGGCCGCGAGGCCCCAAGGUUUAUUUUCUUUUGGAGAUUGAGGCCUGGAGGGGUGGCCUGAAGGGAGACCGCCAGGCCGCAAUGUUUUUUCUUCUUCUUUUCUUAUUUGAGAUGGAGGCCUACAGAGGCGGAGGCUGGGCUGGCCGCAGGGCCGGGAACGAAAAAAGGCCAAGAACCAGUGCGUCCGUUGCCUUUGGGUUCCGGAACAGGCCACUGCCGGCCAAGAUGGCCAACAUAUUAGCCAGCAUUGUAACCCGGAGCACUCUCCUGAGCGCGUUGGAGGAGAAGCGGAGGCACCAGAUGAAGAAAUACUUGAUCCAUCGGAUGUUCCUUGUGGGAAAAACGAGGAAAGAGGUGCAGGACGGAGAGAUCAUAGCCUAUCAUGAGCAACUCUUCCAACAAAUCUACAAAUUUCAUUUGGGAGAACCGGCAUCCGGGGUCCUGCUCAUCUAUCCUUCCUGCAUUCUUCAUGUUAUUGAGGCUUCCAGCGGGACUCUCUACCACAUCCUGAAGGACCUCGCCAAAUUUGAAAAGCAAGGCCCAGAGGCCCUGCUGCAGAGCGUGAAGGUGCUGGUCCUCUCGCACAACAUCCCCACGCGGCUCUUCUCGCAGUGGUACGCCACGCCGGUGGAGGUACCUGAGACCCUGGAGGACACCACCCAGGGCCAGUCCACCGAGGAGGUGCUCACCGAGAGCCUGGCCCUCUUGCUCAAAAUGGGCGUCUACCUGGCCACCCUCAAGGUGGGCAACAAGGGCCUGAGCGACUGCCUGCACCGCGGGGUCCCUGAACUCCUGGUCCGGGCUGAAACAAUCCACCGCCUUUGCCAGGCCCCCGAGUGCUGGAGCCCCACCGAGUUCAUCCAAACGUUCAGCAACCCUCUGCAGCCCAGCAUGGAUUCUGAAACAGUGUGGCCCACUCCUGCCCAUAUGCUGAUGUGAAAGGCUCUGGAUUUCCAUCCAAAAUGCAGGAUGAGAGGAUCAUUGGUGAUAUGAGCCUAAAUGCAAACUUUGGCCUGGGAUUCUUGGGGUCUAUCCGCUUCAGGAAAGGCAUCAAUAAAGAUGUUUGUAUUUGCAACA